AUGCCUCUAUUUCAAGACCCGGACCGCCGGUGGCACCCCGGUCAGUCUGGUGACCAAUGUCAAUAUAACCAGCCUGCCCCAGGGUCCUCUCCACGCAUUUUGGGCAAAGAGAUCCUCCGUGAACAGGAUACUGGCUUUUAUACCAUGGCAGAUUGCCAGCCGUCGUCUAUGGAGGAUUCGCCAUCUAGACUCUGGAGCAGUGAAGAGCGGCAGCAGCUCAUACAACGGAUUAAGGAAUCCUCGCCCUGGAGGCUGCAAUAUAAGGAUACCAACAAUGAAUCGAUCUGCACGCCUCAUGAGCACCUGAAGUCUCAGAGCGAGAGUAGAGUGGAAGAAGGUAUAGCAGAGUCACAACCCUAUACACAGCCCACACCGUCAACAGAGGAACUGGGAUCGCCGGCCGAUAUCCAGAGACCUCGUUCGGCAUUGCAUUCUGGUGAUUUUCGCGAAGGAACAGCAAAUGCUCUUCCGCAGUCACCUCGCCCUCGAUUUCAAGAGCCCAGUCCAACUUCCCCAUUUCCCCAUUUGGGGACAUCUCCCACCACGACAUGGUUUGGAGGUUCCGCCUUCCAGACUUCUUCGGGGCAGCUUAAUCCCUUUUACGAUCAAAAACAGCCAAAUCUCAGUAUAGAGACUCGGUCCAGGGCACCAUCACUAGGCUCCUUCUCUUCAAGCUAUGUUCUCAAGGUCCCCACAAGUCCACUGGUGUAUCAAGCCAAUAAUACCGAUCUGGACUUCUCCCCCAUCGACCCAAGAGAUGCUACGGGGUUGAUGAAUAAAGCCAACCGACGACGCACUCUACCCCCAGAAAGCUUCCGACAUCUCCAAACCUCGUCAAGUAUGCAGGCUGUAAAACUCCACAAUCCAUCCUCGCCAGGCGCAGAGGAUGUGUUUUUUCAGCCUCCACACUUUCCUCGGCGAUCAUUGACGUCAGCAUAUAGCCUUCAGUUGGCUUCAACCACCAAUGCCGCUGCUUAUCAUCGAGAAAGGAGACCAUCAUUUGUUUCUGAUGCAUCCCCCAAACCACAUGCCCCCUUGGUAGGCUCGUAUGAGGAAUCAAUUCUACGAGGCCGAAUGUCAAUGAAUCCAUCCAAACCCUUGGAUUUCACUGCACAGAUCGGUGUUCUCGGUAAGGGUAAAUGCAAGGGGCAUUUGAAAUGCCCUCCACACGUUACUAUACCAUUUCCGGCCGUAUUUUAUAGCUACCCAACUUCAGGCAAUGGCCGUUCCAUUUCAGAUGACCGCCCGAGUCCCUAUGUCGGACAGAUCGAUCUAGAGAAUUCGCUGUCCAAGGAUGACCCAUGCAUUGCUCGGCGUCGUAAGCGGCAUUUCAGUCCGGCAAUAGCACCUGAAGAUGGGCCGGUGGAUGAGUCAAGAACCUCUCAACUUUCCGACAUAGAUGCUAGACGUCGUCGGGAAAAGAGAAGCCGCAGAACUGUUUCUCCCAAGUGCCCGCCGGGCGGAUGCUAUCGAAUUCCCCAGCAGGGCCAGUUGCAGAUAAUAAUCAAAAAUCCCCACAAGACGGCGGUCAAAUUGUUCCUUGUGCCAUAUGACCUCAGUGAUAUGGAACCUGGCACCAAGACUUUCAUCCGUCAAAGAAGCUAUUCGGCUGGCCCGAUCAUCGACAUGCCGCUCAGUGCUCGGAAGAACUACGGGACUGAUCGUCCUGAGGCGUCUUUGAACGCGACAGAAGAUCCACAAGACAAGCCCACUCUACGGUAUCUCAUCCAUUUGAAUAUCUGCUGUCCUUCACGAGGUCGGUUCUAUAUUCACUCGAGUAUUCGAGUGGUCUUUGCCAAUCGAGUCCCGGAUGGUAAAGAAAAACUGCGCAAUGAGAUCCAGCUCCCAGAGCCUCGCUAUAGCCCAUAUAAACCUACCCGAGAGCCCAGCCUCACAACAUCGGCGAAUGCUCGAUUAGCAGUUGAGGGCUCCCCUCGCAGACGGAGUCAAGGCAACGGUCCCCUUGAGUGGAGUGCAACCGAUCUUAUGGAGUUCCAGGCCUCUUCAGAUGUGUCUCAGCAGGCUGAAACAGCACUCUACAACAAACUAAAUAAGAGUAAUGCGGGAUAUGGUGGCCAACUUGUUCACUCUCAAGGUGUAUCAGAUACCGGAGAGGGUCUACUGGCAAAGAGACUCCGUGGCUUAGAUGUUCAGAGACCGGGAUCAUUUGACCGUAAUUGGGGUUGA